AUGGUGGCUUCCUCCUCCGUACAAUCACCGCCGCAGCAUCAAGUCUUCAUAAAUUUCCGAGGGAAACAGCUGCGGAACGGUUUCGUCAGCCACCUGGAGAAGGCCUUGAGAAAAGAUGGAAUCAACGUCUUUAUCGACAGAGACGAAACUAAAGGUAAAGAUCUCAGCAUCCUCUUUUCCAGAAUCGAAGAGUCGAGAGUCGCGCUGGCUAUCUUCUCAGCGCUCUACACGGAGUCCAGCUGGUGCUUAAACGAGCUGGAGAAGAUCAAGGAGUGCGUUGACUUGGGGAAGCUAGUGGUCAUCCCCAUCUUCUACAAGGUGGAGACAGACGAUGUGAAGAAUCUCAAGGGAGUGUUUGGUGACAAGUUUUGGGAGUUGGCUAAGACUUGUAAAGGUGAAAAGCUUGAUAAGUGGAGAGAAGCUUUAGAGGAUGUCCCCAAAAAGCUAGGCUUCACUUUAAGCGAAGCGAGCGAUGAAGGUGAAUACAUCAAUAAAAUUGUAGGGGAAGUGAUCAAAGUGCUCUCUCAUGUUUCGACGGGUCUUGAAGGAGAAGUCCCCAUUGAGUAUCCUUCUGCUGCAGGACAAGGAGGAGAAGCUGCUGCUCUUGACUCGCCUCCUCUGUUUGGCAUUGAAACGCGUCUUAGGCAAUUGGAAGACAAGUUAGAUUUCCAGUGCGAGAACACUCUUACGAUCGGUGUUGUCGGGAUGCCUGGUAUUGGUAAGACUACCUUGACGAGGAUGCUGUAUGAAAAGUGGCAACACAAGUUCCUGCGCUGUGUUUUUCUUCAUGACGUCCGUAAAAUGUGGAAAGACUGCAUGCUGAAUUGGAACAUUCUCAUGGCAGAGUUGUUGAGGGAUGAUGAUAACGUGAACCAACAAGUCGCUGACCUGUCGCCCGAAUCCCUCAAGGCACUCUUACUCAGUAAGAAAUCUCUUGUUGUUCUUGAUAACGUAAGUGACAAGAAACAGAUUGAGGUUCUUCUUGGCGAAUGCGACUGGAUCAAGAAAGGUAGCUUAAUUUUCAUCACAACGAGUGACAGGUCGGUGAUCGAAGGGAAAGUUGAUGACACAUAUGAGGUUCUGAGGUUGAGUGGCAGUGACAGCUUUCAGUACUUCACCUAUUUUGCCUUUGGUGGAAACCACUCUACUACUCCCUGGGGAAACUUCAUGAACCUUUCUAGAUUGUUUGCGGAUUAUGCCAAAGGCAACCCGUUAGCUCUCAAGAUAUUGGGUGCUGAGCUUAAUGAAAAAGAUGAGACUCACUGGGAAGAUAAACUUUGCAAGCUGGCAGAAAAUCCCAACAAGACUAUACAAAAUGUCUUGCAGAUAAGCUACAAUGAACUGGGUCAGCUUCAAAAAGAUGUCUUUCUCGAUGUCGCUUGUUUCUUUAGAUCAGGGGAUGAGUAUUACGUGAGGUGUUUAGUAGAUUCUUGUGCCACUGAUGCUUUGAGGGAUCUUGCCAGUAAAUUUUUUAUAAACAUUUCUGGCGGCCGAGUGGAGAUGCAUGAUUUACUGUAUACAUUUGGCAAGGAACUUGGUGCACAAGGGUCGCGUAGGCUGUGGAACCAUAAAGGCGUUGUUGGUGCACUGAAGAAAAGAUCACAGGGAGCGGAGAGUGUGCGAGGUAUUUUUCUAGACAUGUCUGAACUGAAGAAAAAACUUCCUUUGGAAAAAUGUACCUUCAGCGGGAUGCAUAACCUUAGGUACCUCAAAUUCUACAACUCUUGUUGCUACCGGGAAUGCGAAGCUGACUGCAAGCUAAACUUCCCUGAGGGACUUGAGUUUACGUUGGAUGAAGUACGGUAUCUCUAUUGGCUGAAAUUCCCUUUGAAGAAACUUCCAAAAGACUUCAACCCCAAGAAUCUUACCGACCUUAACCUGCCUUACAGCGAGAUUGACGAGGUCUGGGAAGGUGUUAAGGAUACACCCAAGUUAAGGUGGAUUGAUCUUAGCCACUCAAUCAAGUUAAGCAAGUUGUCGGGGUUGCGAAAUGCUGAAAAUCUCCAAAGACUGAGUCUUGAAGGCUGCACAAGUUUGCAGGAGUUGCCCCAGGAGAUGAAACGUAUGAAACGUCUUGCUUUCCUCAACAUGAGAGGAUGCACGAGUCUCCGGUUUCUUCCACAUAUGAAUCUCAUCUCUCUGAAAACUCUCACCCUCACCAACUGCUCAAGUCUUGAGGAAUUCCGGGUAAUUUCGGAUUAUCUGGAAACUCUCUACUUAGAUGGAACCGCCAUAACUCAACUUCCUACUAAUAUGGUGAAGCUCCAGAGACUGAUUGUAUUGAACUUGAAAGACUGCAAAAUGUUGGCGGAUGUUCCAGAAUGCCUGGGGAAGCUGAAAGCGCUGCAAAAACUGGUGCUAUCUGGCUGUUCAAAGCUCAAAACAUUUCCAACUUCCAUUGAAAACAUGAAAUGCUUGCAGAUCUUAUUGCUCGAUAGGACAGCAAUUACAGACAUGCCGAAGAUAUUACAUUCAUCAUAUAGCUCAAAAAUGGAAGAUCUGCGCGAGUUAAGAGUUGGUAUGAACGGCCUAUCCUCCUCAUUGCGUCGUCUAUGCUUAAGCAGGAACGAUACGAUCAGCAGCCUGCUAAUCGGCUUCGGUCAGCUAUAUAAUCUGAAAUGGCUUGACUUAAAGUACUGCAAGAAUCUCACAUCAAUUGCAUUGCUUCCACCAAAUCUAGAGAUGUUAGAUGCACAUGGCUGCAGCAAACUGAAAACAGUUGUAACACCCAUGUCCCUUCUUAAGCUUAUGGAGCAGGUUCACUCUAAGUUCAUUUUCACCAACUGCAACAAUCUUGAACAAGUUGCAAAGGAUAGCAUCACUUCAUAUGCUCAAAGGAAAAGCCAGCUAGAUGCAGCUAGAUGCUAUAAAGAGGGAAAUGUUUCAGAAGCUUUGCUCACCACUUCCUUUCCAGGGAGCGAAGUACCUUCAUGGUUUAACCAUCGCACAAUCGGAUCCACGUUAAAGCUGAAGUUUCCGCCACAUUGGUGUGACAACAGGCUUUCAACAAUAGUUGUAUGCGCUGUUGUUGCAUUCCCUUACAAUCAAGAAGAAAUGAACCGUUUCUCAUUACAGUGCACUUGUGAGUUCAGAAACGAACUCGGGACAUGUAUACGUUUUGGCUGCACUCUUGGUGGAGGUUGGAUCGAACCGCGCAAGAUUGAUUCCGACCAUGUUUUUAUCGGUUACAUCAGUUGCUCACACCUAACAGAUCGUGUACAAGGGUCGCGGGAACAUCAUAAAUGUAUCCCUACGGUGGCUUCAAUUGAAUUCGAAGUGAGAGAUGGAGAAGGUGAGAUUGUAAAUUGUGGUUUAAGUUUGGUGUACGAGGAACCAAACCAUGUCGUUAUUGAAGGAAGCUGUAACAGAUCUUCAACAAGAGGUUGUUGGGUUGGGGAGUGUAAAGUGAGCUUUGGUGUUCGGCUUUUGUUUAUCGUUUUGAGGUAUCUGUGGCCAGCUGUUGUGUUCUUUUUGGUUUAUGGGUUUUUUCACAUAAACAAGUUGUAUUUUUGAUUAUCAUCAAGUGACUAAUUUAUGUUUUGUAUAUGUAAAAUAAAAAUUUAUAUAGUGAAAUUUUUGA